AUGACUUGGCUGCACCAGCUCUGGGAGCUGAAGGCAGCCGAGGAUGGGCUGCGGGAGUCCAUUGGGCUGCAAAGACUGCCCGGUGUGGAUGCUUUGCGGGGCCUUGGAGAGCCCGAAGACAGGAGAGCCACGAGACCGAAGGGGCUUGGGCAGAACUCACCCGUUCCACGGCUGCCAGACACCGGGGACCGCUCCGCUCCACCGCGCCGCCUGCCGCCCGCCGCCCGCCCGCCGGGAGACUGCUGGCUGGCGCCUGGGCUCGGGCCGUCACAGGCGCAGGAGCCCUUCGGGGGAGGGAGACCCCCCUCCGCUGCCGCCCCCGACUCCCGACCCCGUCCUCAAGCCGCCACCGCGGCACAGUAUGCGGAAGCGGAGCCCACGAGGAAGGCGACUCCUGGGCACUGGACCAUCACCUGGGCACCGGACCAUCACCUGGGCACCGGACCAUCACCUGGGAGGGGAGAGCCAAGGCCUGAGCAAGGGGCGGCGCACAUGGAGAUGAACACUCGCCCGCAGCAGAGCGUCCCUGCGCGCGUGCACUGGCGCAGACAAGUUCAGAGUUGGUGCCCUGCAAAGGCCAUUACCACCUCUGGCCAGGACACUGCCCCAGCCUCUUUACAUCCUUUCCAACUCAUCCUCCACACUGGAUUGAGAGAAAACAGAAACCUGACCAUUUCCCUCCCCUCCUUAAAACCUUCCUGGGCCCGGCUGUGCUCAGGAUAAGAUCCAGAUUCAACCUGCACUGCCCCAGACCUUCUCCCUCUAGUCUUCUGGCCACCCUUUCCUCCAGAUACACAUGGACCCUUCCCUCUCACCUCUAAGCCCCUUUGCUUCUGUCCCUUCUGCCAAAUGUUUUGUCCUCUGCCUGGCAAAAUCCUACUCAUGCUUAAGGCUCUGCUCAAGUGGUGCCCCCUCUGCUGGGCACUUCCCCUCUGUGCUUCCCCAAAGCUCUAUCCAUGUGGACUAUAGUACUGGGUUGGAGUUGUUUUAGGGCGCCUGGGUGGCUCAGUGGGUUAAGCGGCUGCCUUCGGCUCAGGUCAUGAUCUCAGGGUCCUGGGAUCGAGG